UGUGCUCCUUAUCUCCUAGCUAUAAAAAUUUUAGUUUUUAAAAGAGAUAUUUGGAAAAAAUAAUUUUAAGCUUUUAUCUUGUGGGGCGGGGGAGAUGAAGAGCAUGUGCAACUAUACUAACAACAGUGCCACAAGAAUUAAAGGUGCCAGCGUUCAAAAAAUAAAUUAUCCUUUUAUCUUCUUCUUCAUGCAACCGCUCUCGCCCCCUCCCACCUCUGUUUCAUUCGCCGAUUGUCGGCCCCUCCCAUCGACGCUAACGUCACGACACAAGCCGACGCCCAACGCCACGAGCCAUUUCCCUCUGCGCCGCACGCUUAGCUGCCGCGAUCCCAUGUCAAUCUACCAGAUUGGAAGUACUUUUGGGUGGAGAUUAAGUCGCUGUCAAGCAACCUUUUGGUGUUUUCUAGCGACUUUUGGUGAAAGUAGAGGCAAGUUGUCGACUAACAAAGCCGUGACCGACUGUUGCUUCUUAACAUGUUCACAUAACUUGUGUUCACAUUAUGUUAGAUGAGAUAUAUGCAAUUUGGACAAAAAAUGAAAUGCCAACUCCUUGGGUCCAAAGUUGGCUCAGGCUCAUUUCCACGAAGCUAGUUCUUCUACUAAUGACGUUUGUUCAUAUUGUUGGUCUCAAGUUUAUCAAGAAAGGCAUCCAAAGUAAUAUCCUUAAAGCUAUAAUUAUUUGUGAAGGCCUUCAUAGCAUUACCUAACACAAUGUUUACCUUGUUAUUGUGGAGAGAUAGAAAGCAUUUAAAAUGAUUGCACUUUAAUCUUUGCUUUUUUUUUUUUUUAAUAGCGACAAUCUAAAGAUUUAUAGAAGGAAAGAAUUGUUUGAUUUAAACUUUAAAGUAAGUAAAAAUAUAGAAAUACAAAAAUUGUAGGUGAGUAAACUUGUGAAGUUGAUUAUAUACAUCUAAUUCAAAUCCUCACACUCAAUAAAUGUUGUAGUUCCUAACUAAUACAAUCCAUUAGCAAACAAUGAAAAUUACUAUUUCUAAGAAGAAAGAAAGAAAUGAAUGAAAUUACUGUAAAAAUAAAAAUGCCGUUUUUUCUCCCAAACACAUAGAAAUUAGGUUUGAGAAAUUCAAAGCAGCAUCAUACCCCUAAAUUCAUCAAAACACAAAACUCCAUCGCCAUCCAAAUCAAAUUUAGCGAUCAUUCUCUUACAAUCCCCAACACUCCUCGAUUCCCCAAGACGGCUAAGCAUCCGCCGCAAGCUCACCGGAGUAAUCACCCCCAAUCCUUCCAUUUCAUACAUCUGAAAAGCCUCCCUCACCUCUCGAUCAUCAUCAUCAUUAUCAUCAACCCCCUUCACCAACCUCCCAAACUCCUCCAUCCCCAGAAGCCCGUCGCCAUCGGAAUCGUAGGCAGCCACAGCCGAGGCGGCCUCCGCUUCGGUCAGAUCCAGCCCAGUGAGAGCAGGGAGGCGGGUGAAGAGAUCGUGAGGGGAAACUUUGCCGUCGGAAUCUGUGUCUAUGGUGUAGAAAAGCAGAGUGUGGUAAGGGGAGAGUUUGUCCAUGGUUAUGGGAGAUUAAGAUCGGAAUUGAAUAAUGGUUUUGAAUGAUGAAAUGGGUAUUGAUCGAAGAUGGAGAUGUUUAAAUAUGGGGAAGGAAUUUGCGCGUUAGGGAUUGAAUUGGCGUGUGUAAAGGAAGAAGUUGUAUCGGUUGGCGGCGGUAGGCGGUGGAUCGUAAAGUUCUUAAGUUUAUUA